AUCUGUCAACAAACCGUGCAAGAGUUUUCAAUUGAAUUUUAAACAAAGUAAUCAAAUCACUUCUCUGAGCGGUUAAAAUCGUAUUCCUUGUUUUUAACUUACUAUUGCUUUAAUAUGGCCACAUCCUUUGUAAAAGAACUUAUUAGACAUGGUGAGAAGCAUAACACACAAGAACUGCAGCGCCUUAUUUCUAAAACUCCAGCAAAAGAUCUUAUAGCAUCACUGAAAACUAAAUUGGGACGGUCAGAUUGUGCUGUAUUUUGGAAUUACCUUCUUCAAGGAUUUUCCCGCGAUGCUGACUCUAAAGCGAAACGUUUCACUUGCGUCCAGGCCUUCCUCGCCGAAAUUUCUAAAGUGGAACUUACUUACAAGCAAAUGUAUGAUCUUAUUACAAGACUUUGCUUGGACCUACCAAGCUUCACUUCUGAACAAUUGAUAGAAAUCGUUGAACAUUGUGUGGAGGCGAUAAGAAUUGGUGACCCAAAAUGCGUUGGGUGGAAAGAUCUUUUACCCGAAACGAUUUCUGUGCUCUCAAGUGUAAGUACUUUGGAUGUAAAUGGCAUGGUCAUCUCGGGAAGUGAAUAUCGAGAUACUAUUAUUAAAAACAUCUGCUUCAUGAAAUGGCCUACCGAAAUAUUGACACCAAUCGCAGAUAUGUUCCGAGAGAUUUCAAUGUCAACUAAUGAAAAGGCCGUUGUCUUAAAUAAGUUCUCUGCCAGUCUUCAAAAUAUCGUACCUUCAGAGGUCCCGGCUCUUUCAUAUCAACUAUUCUCCAUGUGCACCACUGCAGGACAAACCAUAAUACCCAUCCUAGCUCUGGAAAAGUAUUUUUAUCGGUUUUAUUAUAAGAAGCUUUUUGCUGAUAUGGACAGCAAUUCAACUGACUUCAAUAGUAUAGAUGUGUUCUCAGACAAGGAGCUACGAGAGGCUGAAGAAACGGUUCUACACCAUCUUAAUUAUUGCACACAGUAUAAAAUUAAUGAAAUUCAACUGUGCAUUGUUAUUAGAAAUUUCCUAACUGCUCCUGAUGUACUUUUAACUCCUUUUGUCUUAAGUGCUGUUUUAUCCAUGACUCGGGCAAAUCGUGAACCAGAUUCUGGUUUAUCCUCGUCAAUCGUUCUCCCUUUCUUACGCACUGUAAUAAAAAACAACGAAGAAGAAAAAAAAUUUGCUAAAUAUUCGGUAUGGUGUCGUGAUUGUCUACAGAUAAAACGGGUUGAUUUAGAUCGAACAUUCACGGUAAUGAUUGAUCAGAAUAAGGAAGGAAAAGACAUAAUAACUCCAGGACUUGUCAAUUUGGCAUUUGUUUUGCUCAAAGAUAAAAAUUCUUCAAUUAUAUAUGAGCUUGGAAUGAAUUUCUUAAUUAAAUUUGUUCGAAAGCGUUUUGUGUUCGGCCAAGGAGUUGUAAAAAAAUUAGCUGAGUGGAUGGUUUUGGAUCAAGAAACCAACCAAUAUGCAGAUUGCCUAACAUUAUUGAGUUCGAAUGACACAUACACCGUUUCUGAGUGCGAAAAUUCUAUAAACUAUGUCUUAGAUUUCUUACUGUGGAUUCCUGGAGAUCAUGCAAUGCGAAUGAUGACAUUUAUUUUGCCGAUUCUGAAGAUAUCGCCUGCAAUUCGGGAUUCAUUUAUAGAAAUUCUUCGAAAAGCCAUUAAUUCCAGUGACACCAAAACUUGUCGAAUGGGUGUUUACGGUUUCUGCAUGGUACUCAAACAGUUAAAUAACAGUAACUCUCAACGAACUUCCAUGAACGCUUCUGGGUUGUGUACCCAACAAAGUAUAUCUGGUUUUUCACUCAUGUCACAAGCAACUCUCGGCAACCGUAACAAUCCCCAGCGGCAUUUUGAUAUGCUCACAUUGGAAAUAAUAGGACUUUUAAGGAAUUGUUUUAGCCAAAAUAUAGAAAUCAAAAACACACUUUAUGAAAACUUACAAAGAGCCGUUGAACUUAAUCCAAAACUUAUUCCACAUGUUCUACAAUUUAUUGACGCUCAUUUUCGUUCUUUUUUUGAUAUCAAAACAGACGAUGAAGAUAAAAUCGUGAUAAAUAUUCAUUUCGACAAGCUUCUGAAUUGUGUUGCCGAUAAUAACAACGAAAUAGAAAUAAAAGACAAUUUGGGAAAGCUUGUCCUUUUCGUUGCACAUUGUCUGAAGGCGUAUAAUCGAUUUGAACAUGCUUAUGAUACAACAGAGAUGUGCAAAAUAUUAAACACUGUCUGUGAACAAUUACAAUCAAAGGAACUUAAGUUGGAACCUGUAAAUGGACCUAUGACUCUCCUCAAAAAUGAAACAAUUAUGCAGCAACUUAACUUUCUAGAAGGAUUCAUGUCUUAUUUGAUUUUGACAUCGGCACCAGAAAACAAUAACGUUACUACCUUCUAUGCACUUUUUAAGCUUCAUUAUUCGAUUGCCGAGGGAUUAAAAAGUAAUGGAAAAAAGAACAUUAAAACAAAACCCAAAGGAAGUAAUGACAGUGAAUCUCAAAAUUCAACAAUAAAUGGAAUUGCAGUGAAGAAAAUCAAUUCGAAACCUGAAAAUAUCUGGGAUCUUUCUGAUAUUGAGCUGGUUUUAAAAAUUUUACUAGAGGACUCAGUCAAAUUUGCGAACUCUAGUUCAACAGCUCCUUUACGAAGUAAUCGAGAGCUAGUUCGUUACAUUUACAAAGUCACAGCUUCACACAUCGAAAACCUACGUCACCAACCUGGUUAUAAACAAGUUUCACAUAGUCGACGAACUUUUAAAACCAUCACAGAUGUGACAAAAAUUAUCUACGAACGUUGUAUAAAGCAGUUGCCUUCGUUGUGGAAAAAUUUUGAUCUCCAAGCAGCGUCGUUGUGUGUUGAUUGUUUUUAUCAGUCUCUCACCACUGCUAAAGAAGUGUUUCCUAAAAAGUUCGAUGAAUUUAUAAAAGGAGUAGAUUUUCAUCCAAGCAAUUUGACUUCUAAUAAAGAUGCCAUAAUCAUAAUUCAAGAGAUCAUAGACCAAUACAUGCUUGAUGAGCAGGAAUUACGCGAAGACUCCGAUGCCUCUUUUGCAGUUAUGAUUCCAAGUACUCUUCUUCAGUGUUUAGAAAUUCUUUACGAUAGAAAGUCGUAUAGUGAUCGUUUAACAAUAGAAAGUUAUGCUUGGCUUCUAGAAUUUUGUAAGACCAAUGAAGUUUUUACUAAAGAAAUGGGAAUCAUUCAUAAACUGCUCUUCAUCCAGCGACAAAAGACUCAUUCUGGAAUGUUUUUUAAUACAAUUGCAAUGCAUCUUGAAAAGGUCAUUGGACAAGUGACGGAUCAGCCGGAUCUGAAUCUGAGUUUUGAACUAAAAUCUAUUACUUUGACUAGCGCAGAAUCCUGUAUCAACUAUUUAUUUUCAACUUUACGUAAACAAAUUGAAGAAGUUGAAUAUUUUAUUUCAAAGGCUAAUAGUCUGCACUAUCAGCUAAAAAUAAUUGCUGAAGAUGAACGAGAAAUUUGCUUAUCAUCUUUGAAGACCAAGGAACGAUCGAUUUGCUCUCAACUAAUACAUAUUUCAAAUACUUUGUUGCACCUUUCUAAUGUCAGUCUUCCUUUGGGCACUUGCAUGGAUAAUCUUUUGCGUAUUCUAAUUCAGAUGUACACAUGCUUAAAGAAUUUAGCAAAACACUUUCUAUCUCGGAGUGCAACAUCUAAACUCUCAAUACAAGGAACAAAAUUCGAUCAUCUAUUGCAGGUGGUUGGAAAACCCCUUGCAACUAAUAUCUAUGCCCUUAUUACUUACAUCGAAGCAAACAUUUUUGAAAAUCGUCCCAAAGGAAAGCUGUUAGAUCCUCAAGCUGAAAAGGCAAAAAUCUUACGAGAAACUAAACAAAUACCUCGCUUAAUACUAUUUUUGGAAAAUUUCAAUAAGAAUGUUAUCUUAUUAAGCAAAAAGACGAAUGAUAAACUUGCCAGUUUCCUACAUUUAGGCACAGUUCGAGAUUUCCGAAUAAAAACUUCUGAACUAAAGAAAGCAAUUGAUGAAUCUAUGUCUCAUAGUAGCCACAUUGAAGAUAAUUCAGAUGAAGAACAAACUAAUGCACAACAUGAUGAAGAAGAAACUCUUUUGGAUCAAAUUGACGCAGAUCCUGUCGUUUGUGAAAAUCAAAAAGCACCUGAAAAAAGUCUUAGACCAAAACGUAAAACUGCUGCUAUUACACAAGAAGACGAUGAAGUUCUUCAGGAAAGUGUCAAUUCAACAAAUUCACAGCUUUUAAAAAAUUUGGCAAAAAUCAAUUCACAAUCGAAGAAGCGUUCAAUACGAAGUCUUGAAGGUGUUUCGACGUCAACUGCUCCGGCCCCAAAGAAGGGAAGAGGAAGGCAGUCUAAGAAGGAGAAAUAAUACAAUAAGGCAUUUUUAAGUUUUCUAAUUCAAGUAAUGUAAUAUAUAUAUAUAUGUAUAUACAAUUAAUAAAUGGUGUCAAACAUUUGUAUACAACAAAACAUAAA